AGCGGCCAGAUCAGUGGCCAGAUUGCAAGGACGGGGGGGGCACCUAUUCACGGCCCACGAAGUGCUGCUGCGCAGGGCAGAGGACGGGCCAAUUGCGUUGGUGCCACAGCUCCCCUCGCUUCUUCCUCCCGCCGCCCCUCUCAACUUCCAAGCCAUUCCCCUUGUCCCGUACUAAAUGCCUCCCUUCUUCUCUUACACCACCCUCCCCUAUCAGCUCACGGAGGGCCCUUAUCCCAUGCGCGAGUUCUCGGAGUAUUUGGUGGAGCUAACUGACGUGGAGCCGCUGCCCUUCGUCGACGAAGACGCGUGGGAGUUGCACCGUGCGAUGUACAAGUCGGUGGCGCUGGGGAUGUUCCGGUUCUUUGUGGAUCACGAAGACCACUGCAUCGGGGAGCACUUCGUCGUCUACUACGUCAUCACACGGCCCAAGCCAGCGGAGAAGGAAGGGACGGUGGCGCUGUACCCAUUCGCCCAGCUCCAGACGAUCGAUCCGGGAUUGUUGGAGCUCAUACAUCUUGAGCUCCUCUCUAUUGCGCAAGUGAUCGCGAGCGAGGAGGAGGAGAUCCAACCACGCUUGCGAACGGCGACGGCCCCGCGGAGAACGUACAACGCGGCCCCCAAGAAGACGCCAAAGAGGAAGAGACACCACCCGUCGCCAGGAGCGCAAGGCAACAGGAUCGGCGGCGGCGAGGAGGUGAUUCAGCCCGCUCGUACGCGGAAUCCUGACCCCGUACCUGGGAGUGCAGCGACGCUCAUCAAGGAGACUGCCGUGCCAUCGCCGCCCUUUCCGCGUGUGCCCAAUCUUAAUCUUGAUGGAGUCGGACCAUCAUCAGCAGCAGCAGCCGCAGGAAGAAGCCAAAUGGGAUUUCCGGAUCCCAUAUACGGACCCCCCGUCCUCGCGGGACCUCUCCGUUUCCGCCCCGGGGUGCCCCGGUCAUUGACAUUAGUAGUUCCUCCGAGCCGGACGGUCCAUCCGACAGAGGUGGACUUCAUGGUGGAGCCCGCCACCAUCAGGCUCGGGGCCAUCGCGGGGGCGCCUCGCCCUGAUCCGGCGUGGGAGCCAUAUCUGACACCCCCUUUUCAAGGGUGUAUUGCGGCGCGAUUGGCUGGGACGCUCAUCUACGAGACCGGGCAGCGUCCCAAUGCGAUGUACCACUUCCUUGUCUUCGCGGCGCAUAAGCGGGAGCGGCGGCCUUACACCGAGACUCAUGUGGUGAUGACGGGUCCAGGGCCCCGAUCGGUGCGCAAGCGGGUGGUGCGAACGGUGGUGGAUCUGGCGCCACGUGUCCUGUCUCAUGUGUCGGGGGCCUUCCUCUAUCCCUCGUUCGUCCAGCGCCACUUCCAGGAGGAAGAUGCGCCGAUGACUCCCGCAGCAAUGGCCGCUUUUCUUCCACCUAUUCCGCCCCCUCUCAAUCCCGACAUCGAUCACUUCCUCUGAUCACCCUCGUCUACCUCACCCCCGCUUCUCUCCUUCUCCUUCUCUUCAUUAUCUUCCUCUCCUAUGCCCAAAGUUCGCUCGUCGAGACGC